AUGGAUGCCUCAGGUGCCCAAGAAUAUGAUAGAAUGCAAGAAUUGAAGGCUUUUGAUGAAACAAAAGCUGGUGUAAAGGGAUUAGUUGAUGCCGGAUUGCAAAAAAUUCCCAAGAUUUUUGUAAGGCCAAAUGAAGAACUGGAGGAAGAGUUGAAUUACAAGAGGGCUCAAAUUGAAGUUCCUGUGAUUGAUAUGGGUGGUCUGGAGAAAGCAGGCCGGCGUAAACAGAUUGUAGAAGAAGUAAGAAUUGCAUCAGAAACAUGGGGGUUUUUUCAGGAUAUUGAAGUGAAAAAGAAAUACUACACGCGGGAUAACACGAGACGAGUGAGAUUUAACAGCAACUAUGAUUUGUUCACAUCGAGGACUGCUAACUGGAGGGACACAUUGAGUAUUUCAUUUUCAGAUCCUGAACAAAUUGAUUCCAAGGAGUUUCCAGAUUCAUGCAGGGAGUCAGCUUUAGAGUACUCAAAACAUGUAGAAAAAUUGGGAAACAUUCUAUUUGGAAUUUUGUCGGAGGCUCUUGGACUCGACUCUGAGCACCUAAGAAACAUGGACUGCUCUAAAGGACACCGCUUUCACUGCCACUAUUAUCCAGCAUGCCCUGAACCAGAACUGACUCUGGGAACCACAAAGCAUACAGAUACUGGAUUCCUCACCAUUGUUCUACAAAAUCAAAGUGGCCUCCAGAUUUUCUUCCAAAACCAAUGGGUAGAUGUUCAACCUAUUCCUGCAGGGCUAGUAAUUAACAUUGGGGAUCUUCUCCAGCUGGUAUCAAAUGGCAUAUUCAGAAGCAUCAAGCAUAGAGUGCUUGCUGAUCGUCUUGGGCCAAGAAUUUCUCUAGCAUGUUUUUUCUCGGGACCUAUAGGCAUGGAAAAGAUUUCUUAUGGCCCCAUUAAAGAGUUGAUAUCAGAAGAAAAUCCACCCAUAUACAGAGACGUACUAUUAAUAAACUAUGUAAUGAAGUUUUUUACUAAUGGUAUUCAUGAGGAUUAUCUUGUCAAUUAUUUUAAGGCAUGA